GUAAACCAGAUUACUUAGCCAAGCACUUCAAAUUAUAUAUCAAAAUCUUGUUUUAAUACAUAUAUCCAAAUAAACUGCACAGGACAAAAAUAGUAGCAUUGUUGCCUUGACAAAAGUUUUAGUUGUGUUUAAAACCUCCUGCUUGAUAUAAGCAAAGUCAUUUCUUUAUUCUGAUAGUCUGAGAAAGUUUUAAAGAAUGAGUCUCAAUAAAAUGCAUUUUCUGAAAAUUAGAAUUAAUGCCCAGGUCGGGGUGGAAGGUGUUGAGAGAAGACUGGACCUGACUGUAGAAAGAACCAGAAGGCAGGUAGGAAGUGAGAUUAUUUUUUAUUGAGGAAAAGCCCUCAGUUCAUUGUUCUCAUAUACCUAUUUGACAAAAGCUUUAAAGUCAAUGUAGAAAUUGUAAAAAGACUUCAAAGCAGCUUAAUUUCAUCCCUCAAUAUUAAAGGACACCUUUUAAGAAGUAAUUGUCAAAUUAAAUGUUGUUUCAAGAUACCACUGUCCUAGUUGUCAUUUUUACAACAAGCCAGUAUUGUUGAUUUCUCUGACCUGAAGUAUAUUUUCAUAUUAAAUAAUUUUAUAAUCUUUUUAAAUGCCUGUGUCUUAACAAUACCAUUUGUACAAUUGGUAUCACUGUUUCUCUCCAUUCAUGUUCUCUCCCUUCAUUUACAAUGUUAGUUAUAUGUAAGUAAUUGGUAUGGGUGUUUAAUACUUCAGAAUGAUUGGUAUGCUUUUGGAAGAGAAUUACUUAUAUAUUCCUUUGACCAUUUAAACAUGUAACAGUAAAUAUAUAAAUUAUUUUAAACCAUAGAUGGUUUUUUAAAUUUCUCUUGUCAGCGAGCAUGCUUUUUCUGCGUGAUAUCAUCAAAUUGUUUUUAGCUUUACUACAGUGUUAAUGAGUAGCAUAGUGGAGAAAGCAUGGAUUUUGGAGCCAGACAGCCUGAGUCAGGUAAGAGCUCAAACCUAUAAACUUGGCCAAGAUACUUAACCAUGUCAGAGCCUCAGUUUACUCAGUAACAUAGGGAAAAUAAUUCCUACUUACUAAAGUUGGGAGUAUUAAAUUAGAUAACCUGUAAAGCUCUCAGACACUUGAGUGCUGUAUUGUGUAAAAACCAGCUGGAAAGGUGAGGAUAAUACUUACCUUAGACUAUGGUCAUGAAGUUUAAUUUAGAUAAGAAAACAUGUAACGUGCUUAUUUUAACAGCCACGCAUGCAUUAGCUGUCCACUGUGCUAAGCAUUUUACAUGAACCGUCUCAUUUACAGAUAUUUAAUCUUUAUAAACAACCCAGUGAAGUCAUACUAUUAUUAUCAAGGGAAAACCAAGGCUUAGAGAGUUAUGACUUGUCUACUCAACCAUCCUUUUAGUUCACAGAUGAGGCUGAGGCAAAAAAAAGGUGAAAUUCAUGUGUCAGAGUUCAGUUUACUGAUAGAGACAGCCCUAGAACCUAAUUUUUAAAAGAGCUGUGAGGUACUUGGAGCCCUGGUGGUAUAAUGGUUAAGAAUUAUGGCAGCUAACCAAUAGGUCAGCAGUUCAAAUCCACCAGCUGCUUCUUUGAAACCCUAUGAGGCAGUUUCUACGCUAUGAGUUAGAAUCAACUCUAUAGCAGCAAGUUUUUAAAAAAAUUUUUAUGAGUACUCAGGAGCCCUGGUGGCACAGUGGUUAAGAGCUUGGCUGCUAACUGAAAAGUCAGCAGUUUGAAUCCACCAGCCGCUCCUUGGGAACCUUUGGGGCAGAUCUACUCUGUCGUAUAGAGUUGCUAUGAGUCAAAAUCGACUCUACGGCAACAGGUUUGGUUUUGGUAUGAGGCACUCAGACAUCCACAUAUUAAAUGCAGACUAUUCAAACCUAGUUUUCAGAUUUAUUUCUCCUUUCACAUUAGCAGAAUAUAUUCAUUUCUCCUAAAGCUUAGAAGAAACCGACUAGGGGAAAAAAUCUAAGGAGUAAUAUGGAAAUGCAUAUGGAUAAAGGCAAGCAACAGAAUGCACAGUGCGGUCCUAAUGGUCCUGCUGGCUGACACUUGUCAACAUGAGAGUUUAGGCUUCAGCAGUGCGGGUUCUGCUGGGUCACAAGAACACUGGCAUACAGGUGAUUUACAGUAGGGCCUCUGGCCAGGCCUCUCUGGGGCUCGGUAGAAAUUGGCUUGUCUCUGGGGCUGUCUCGAGCAUUUCUUUACUCCUGGAGCAAGGUUUAUGGCUGACUGCCUGGGAUCCCCAGGGUUCUCUUUGCAAAUCCCAGCUGAAUUCCUGACCCUGCCCUCUUUAAAUCCUCAUUAUUGUUACUCACGGCAAGCUAUCAUUCUCUCUUAUGGACUCCUAAUCCUCUUUAAAAAGAUAUAUUUAUACCCCAACAGCUCAACGGUAUUUAUAGGGGCAGUUCAUGGGCAACUGACCCACAUGAAAAGCCAAUCAAAUUCUGGAUUCCUUAGCCAGAGGUUAAAUCAAGUUGGAUUUCAUUCAUACAGUUUAUUCACUUGAGCACACGGUACUGUCCUUUAAUCACUCCCCAAAGUUGCUUAAAUAUCAGUAAAUAUUAAGAAACAGACAGGGAGAACACCACCAUCACACCAAGCCAACUGCGUUAUUGCUGUUAGAAAGCCACAGUUGCUGAUGGGCAUAUGUUUUCUUCAGGAGUGUUGAGAUCAGAGAAUGUUGAAAAUUGUUGUGCUAGAUGAUCUCCAAGGCCUCUUCCAGUUCCAAAAUCCCAGUAUCUUAUAACUUCACCAAAUACCUGCUAACCCAGACACCCAAAUGCAUCAAGAUGAGUUGCCUUGUAAAAUUAAGGAGUAAUCCCUUGCAUUAACCCGGCACUGCAGGCCAAGCACUUUGGUCAGUCACUCCCCAAGUAUUUGAGUUCUUCCUAUGUACCAAGCACUGUUCUAAACCAGUUGCCAUUGAAUUGACUCUAACUCAUGUGACCUCAUCUGUGUCCAAGUAGGACUGUGCUCCGUAGGGUUUUCACUGGCUGCUUUUUUGGAAGUAGAUCACCAAACCUUUCUUCUAAGGUGCCUCUGAGUGGACUCGAGACUCCAAUCCUUUGGUUGGCAGCUGAGCAUGUUAACUGUUGGCACCACCCAGGGACUGCAGUUACUUAUUACUAUCUUAACACCUACAACUUCCGCAUUGCCAUUGCAUAGAUUGCAGCUCAUAACAACCUAUAGGACAGAGAAGAGGUGCCUCAUAGGGUUUCCAAGGCUGUAAUCCUUACAGAAGCAGACUGCUGCCACAUCUUUCUCAUGCAGAGCAGCUGGUGGGUCCAAACCGCCAACCUUUUCUUUCACAACUGAGCACUUAACCACUGCACCACCAGGGCUCCUUAUCGAACACUUAGUGGCUUAAAAUAAUGACAUGUACUUUUUACACAAACCGGCAAUUUGGGCCUCACCAGGAUAGUGUCUGCUCCAUUUGAUACCAGCUGAGCUGGCUCAAAGGCUGGGGCUGGAUUCAUCUGAAGGCUUACUCAUGUGGCUGCCACCGGAGAUCUUAACCCAUACAUGUGGCUUCCUUACCACAUGGUGGCUGGGUUCCAAAGGCAAGCAGAAAAAGCCGGGUGGAAACCAUUAUCGACUUUUUAAAAACUGAGGGGAAAUUCACAUAACAUAAAAUUAAUGAUUUCACAGUGUUGUACAACCAUCACCUCUAUCUAGUUCCAAAACAUUUUGAUCACCCCAAAAAGGAAACCCCCUUACCCAUUAAGCAGUCAUUCCCCAUUCUCCCACCCCUAGCCUUUGGCAACUACCAAUCUACUUCUGUCUUUGUGGAUUUACUUAUUCUGGGUAUCUCAUAUUAAAAAAUCAGAAAAAAAUUCAUAUAAUCCAGCCUGGAUUAUAUUUGUCUUUUUACCAAUGAGUAAUAAAAUGUAAUUUUUAAUAUUUUUUUAUGGUGGAAAGGGCCCAUGAAGACAAAAAUGCAUAGGGCCCCCGAAAGUCGUAAUGUAGACCUGGAUGUGGGGUCAAGGAAGGAUUUUUGUUUUGUUUUAAUAAGAAUGGUAAUUCCUGAUACAAACUACAACAUGGAUGAACCUCGAAAACAUUACGCUGAAUGAAAUAAAUCAGUCACAAAGGGACAAAUACUGUAUGAAAUACCUAGAGUAGGCAAACGUAUAGAGACCAAAGUAUAUUAGUGGUUACCAAGGGCAGAAGGGAGGGGGGAAAAGGAGUCAUUAUUUAGGGGACACUGAUUUCUGUCAAGGAUGCUGGAAAAGCUUGGAAACAGUGAUGGUUGUAUAUAUAGCCUGAUGAACAUAAUGUCACUGAUCUGUACACAUAAAAACGUUGAAAUGGCAGAUGUUUGUUAUAUAUAUUUUUAACACAAUAAAAGAAAGGAGUGAUAUUAAAGCAUGUCUGAAUGCUGAUGGGAAUGAUGUGGUAGAAAGGGAGAGAUUGAGAAUGCAGAAGAGAAAGAGAAUUGUGGAAAUAAAAUCCUUGAGUAGGCAAAGAGAGAUGGCUCUAGGGAGCAGUGGAGGAGCUGACAGGUGGAAGAGUGGAAAAGGGACCCUGCUGUCACUGAAACAGGAAGAGGGGCAAAGUAUAUGGACACUGAUACGUUGGUAAAUAUUGUGGUGGGAAGAUUGAGGUAGUUGUGUGAAGCACCUGUUUCUCUAUGAAGCAUGUGACAAGGUCAUCAGCUGAAGGUGGGAGUGAGUGGAAGGUUUGAGGAGAGGAAACAUUGUGGAGUAGUCAUCUCAGAAAAGGAAAGGGAACUUAGCAGAAAAGAGCAUGCAGUAGGAUUGCCUGGCAUCAUUUGAAGUAUGUGCCGCUAGCAUGAUUUUCUGAUUUUCUCCGGCAAUGUUCAGCCUCUUGGGUGCAGGUGAGGUGGUAGUGCCUAGUUAGUGGAUAACUUUAACCGGGGUCAGGUUGUGUCAAGUGACUAGUUGGAAGGAAAGAAGGGCACAAAAGUCAAGGUUAUGACAAGGAAAUGGCAAACGUGCUAGGCUAUGGAGUAAGGAGAAGGAGGCAGUGAGGAUAUGAGGGAGGUGAUGGAUGGUAAAAGAAAUGUAAAUCAACAGAUUGGAAGCCUAGUUAAGGCUGGUGAGUUACUGGGGUGAAGGUGUUUCAAUAAGUGAGCUGGAAGGAGAGGGGAUGAUGAUGAAGGAAUGCAGUGCUUGAAUGUUUCUGAGGUGGGGCAGAAAUUGAUGAUGGCAAAGUCUAGGGUAGUGAUUCUCAAUCUUUAGUGUACGUUGGAACCAUCUGGCCCCACCAUCACCACUUGCCAUUGAUUCGAUUCCAACUCAUAGUGACCCCGUGUGUGUCAGAGCAGAACUGUGCUGCAUAGGUUUUCAGCGAGUGAUUUUUUGGAAUUAGAUGGCCAAGAUACCUCUGGGUGGGCUCAAACCUCAACCUUUCAGUUAGCAGCCAAGGGACUCUGGAAUCAUGGGGGAAGGGGGGGUGGCGCCUGAGAAUUUGCAUUUCUAAUUAGUUCACACAUGCUGCAGCUGCUGGUCCAGGGACCACAUGUGGAUGGGAGGCCACUGUGGGGGGAAGAAAAGUUCUUUGGAGCUAAGGAGAUCAAGGACCUUUGUGUGGGAUGGAUCAUCUAUCCACUUGGAUUGUGAAGUCACUAAAAUGAUGUCUUGAGCCAAGUGGUGAAGUCACUUGGGAUUGAUGACCACACGGGAGGGUAAAUGUGAGUGUGUGCGUGUGUCAGGGGGUGUUGAGUCUGACAUGGCUUCUAAGGGGGGCUGCCAUGUCUGAGGGAGAAAAAUGAACAGACCAUUGGAGACAAUGAGGAGCGUAGAGGACAUUAACCCUUCUCUCCAGACCCUGGGGUAUGUGGGAGAGAAAUGCACCAGUACUUGAAAGGACAACAGAGGAAGGAGGCUUCCAUUUCAGGAAGAGCAAGAAUGUUAAAGGAACCUUGAGAAAUGUGUGGGAGGCAAGGAGCAGCGAGAGACGGGGCCAGGCCUGGAGAUGUACAAAACAACUCAGGGAUGAAUGUCCAGUCAGGACGGGCAGUGUCACCUCCGAGGCUAACUGCAGAUACACUGGGACGAUUGCCUGUAACAUCUUCUGGAAAAGUCAGUGCUCCAGAUCUUCUGAUUUCUUGGAGGCAUCAUUUUUGUAUUAAAACAAACACGAAUGUGUUAUUUGAUUUGAAAAAAAUUGCAUGGAUCUUUCAUAAAGAAGUAAGAGUCUUCAAAGAUAUUUUAGGCUAUGCUUCCAGAUCUUUGUCACUGUUAGUACUUUGGAGGAAAAGUAGGAAGAGCCUUGGCUGUAGGUAUGAAUCUUGGGGGAAGGGUAUCGGAGGGAAGCGUUUGUACUUUAAGCUGGAAAAUGAAAAAGCCCUAAGACUCAAAGGAGAGAUCUCUAUCUAGUGGAGCUUCAGGUACUAUGGCGGGGCUGAGAUAACUUGAGGACAGAGCAGCUCACCUAGAGUCCUUCAUAUCAUAGAUUCUGCUCUCCCUAGACCACGCAGGAGCGGGGAGCCCCUGGCCAGCAGCAGAUUCUAUUUUAUGGGUUUGGAGUUGGUCUUGCUUCUUUUCCAGACUUUGGAAUCUCCUGUGUCUCCAAGAAGUUCUUCUCCGGACUUUUGUGGUGCCCAACUAAUGGGACAGGGAGAGAGUGUAAGAUGCGAGGGUCCCACCCUCUUUCCGACUUUUCUUCACUCCAUCCUUCUGCUGCCUAUCUCUCAGCUUCUUCCCAUUCUCCUUCCUCAGAAUCUACUGGUCCUGCUUAGUUGCUUGGUUGGUAAGGCCAAGGGGAGGGGUGAGGCCGGGGGCACUUAGCCAGCAGGAGGUUAGACUUUCAAAGAGAAUCCUCUUAAUGAUCUUAGGACAGCUUAGCUGCCCCCCAACCCCCAGCAGCCUUUUCCCUGCCUAUCAUGCCCAGGAGAUGAUGAAGAGGCUGGUUAAGCAAAGGAAAGGAAAGAAAAGGGUCAUAGCCUAAGGAAUCAGUCCGCAGAGGUUCAGAGGAGACACCCUCAUUUCCUGACGUUCCUUGGGCGAGGAUGGGGCAGCAGUUCAGCUGGGAGGAGGUGGGAUCCGGUGAGAUGGACAUGGCCGAGCUCCAGGAGUGGUACAAGAAGUUCGUAGUGGAGUGUCCCAGCGGCACACUCUUCAUGCAUGAGUUUAAGCGCUUCUUCAAGGUCACAGACAAUGAGGAAGCCACCCAGUAUGUAGAGGGCAUGUUCCGGGCCUUCGACAAGAAUGGGGACAACACCAUCGACUUCCUGGAGUAUGUGGCAGCCCUAAACCUCGUGCUGAGAGGCACUCUGGAGCAUAAGCUGAAGUGGACCUUUAAGAUCUAUGAUAAGGACCGCGAUGGCUGCAUUGACCGCCUGGAGCUACUGGACAUCGUGGAGGCUAUCUACAAGAUGAAGAAAGCCUGCCAGGUGGAGAUGGAGGCGGAGCAGCAAGGCCAGCUGCUCACACCCGAGGAGGUGGUGGACAGGAUCUUCCUCCUGGUGGACGAGAAUGGAGAUGGCCAGCUGUCUCUGACUGAAUUCCUGGAAGGGGCCUGCCGUGACAAGUGGGUGAUGAAGAUGCUGCACAUGGAUGUGAGUCCCGGCAGCUGGGUCUCUCAGCAGAGGCGGAGAAGCGCCAUGUUCUGAGGGAUCAGGCCCUGGGAGCCCCGAAGGAGCCCACAGCCUCCUUCCAGGAUUCCAAGCUCACCCAGGUUUGCAAGUAGUGGGAGGGUCCCUGUCUUAGCGCCUUCAUGUCCACUCUUAUCCUGGCUUGGACUUCACUCUGUGUAGGGCAGUGAGUUGGGAGCUGGAGACUGCUGGGCCUGAAGUGGCCAACAGGGCACCAUCCAUUUCAGGGGACAUUACUGGGUGGUGGAGGGAACUGGGCUGCCCUUGCCCUUCAGCUGCUCCUGGGAGGACAACGACUUGGCAGGGUUGUGGGGCCCCCACAAAUUUCUAGGUGGCUCCCAAGCUAGAAAGAUAGGCCAGCUGAGGGGUGGGGCUUCCAUAGACUAAAUUGGCAAUGAGAACCCCCACACCCACAGGGUACAAAGUAAAGACUGGUAGAAGGCAGGGGCUGGAGGGGUUGAGUCUGAAGAAGAUGUAAGAGUGGGGGAAAUAAAAAUUACAUUCCCCCCAGGAUCCGGAGGGGUGUUCUUGGGGAGGACCCUUGCUUCCUCCUCCUCAAGGCCUCCUCCCCAGAAUGUCAACAAGGUAAACUUGCAGCAAGUGAGGUAGCUGUGGUCUUCCAGCCCCCUGGAGAGGUGAGAUCUGCUUAAAGGGGCUGUUUCAGCUCUGCCUGGUGCUGUCAACUCUCAAGCACCACCCCCCGCAGCUUCUCCCACCUCUUGAGUGGACCUUCCCUGAUUCCCAGCCACAAGCCGAAUGUGUCUCCUUAAAGAAUAAAACCAUCUCUCUGUCUUUGGGAGGAACUGUUUCUGGGGGGAAUUGGGGUCUGCCGACCUGGCUUCUGGGCCAGGCUUUGGCUCCAACCAUGCCAUGACCCAGGACAGGCCACUUCUCCCUCACCUCAGUCACCUCAUCUACACAGUGAGCAGGCUGGACUAAACGAGAGUUUUCACAUUAUUUAUUUAUUUUUUUAGCUGCGGAAUUAUAUUUAUCAUACAGUCUCUUAUGCGCAACCCCAAUACAGAAACUAGAUCGAAAUAGAGUCCCCCUGUGUGAAAACAGAUAGCGGUGAUGGUGGCAUAACAUGACGAACAUAAUUAAUGUCACUGAAUGGUACAUGUAAAAAUUAAUUGAAAUGGCAAAUGUCUUCUUAUAUAUAUACUUACCACAAUAAAAAAUAUAAUAAUAAAAUUUUUAAUGGAGUCACCCUGGUCGAAGGGGAGUGGAGAACUCAGGCCCCCGCACUCCCCUAGAGCCUGAGGCACAGCGAGAACAUGAAGUAGUUGAUUUGAAGUAGUUCCUGGAAAAAGUGUGCUUUAACUUGAGUAGAUACAUUUUUAUGUUGAUAUAUGAAAGGUAAAACACUUGCUGAACCUGCAAUUUUGUACGUAUGUUAGUCAUGUAAUUUUCUUUAAAAAUAAAUUUUAGGUAAAAAACUAGUUGAUCCAAAAUAUUAACAUGAUGAACAUAAUAAAUGUCACUGAA